CCUCCAGUUCUUGCCGUCUUUGUACUCUUCAAAGUUGUGACCUCCUCUGUUUUUCCUCUGUUUCAGAUCUGAGUCUAAUUCUCUGAAACUGAGUCGACUCAGCUCCAAACUUCAAAGCACAAUAAAGGUCCUCCCUUUCUCUUCCAGAAAUUUUGGAGGGAAAAGGGUGUAAUGGGUUUUGAGGAAAACAGGAAUGCUGGUCAGAAUGGAGUGUUUGGGUCUGACUCUUCCGAGUUUCAACUCGGGAGCAAGAACAAAUACAAGAGAAUGAAGUCUGAGGUAACAGAAGAAGAAGAAGAAGAUGGUUCAUUCACAAAGGAGAAUCGUGGAACAAAGAAAUAUGUGUUUGCUUGUGCCAUCUUUGCUUCUCUCAAUUCUGUGCUGCUUGGAUACGAUGUGGGUGUUAUGAGUGGAGCUAUUCUCUUCAUUCAGGAGGAUUUGAAAAUCACAGUUGUACAACAAGAACUUCUUGUUGGGAUUUUGAGCAUAAUCUCCCUAUUGGGUAGUUUAGCAGGUGGGAAAACAUCAGACGCCAUUGGUCGAAAAUGGACAAUUGCAUUUGCAGCCUUUAUCUUUCAGACAGGUGCUGCUGUAAUGGCACUUGCUCCUUCUUAUGAAGUAUUGAUGAUUGGUAGACUCUUUGCUGGGAUUGGUAUAGGAUUUGGGGUCAUGAUUGCACCUGUAUAUAUUGCUGAGAUCUCACCUUCAAUAGCUAGGGGUUCGCUUACUUCAUUUCCUGAGAUCUUUAUAAAUCUAGGCAUCCUUCUUGGAUACAUAUCGAAUUAUGCUUUCUCGGGGCUUCCAGUGCAUAUAAGCUGGAGGGUGAUGCUUGGUGUGGGAAUCAUACCUUCAGUCUUUCUUGGAUUUGCUCUUUUUGUGAUCCCCGAAUCCCCAAGGUGGUUAGUAAUGCAGAACAGGAUUGAAGAAGCGAGAAUAGUAUUGACCAAGACGAAUGAGAGUGAAAAAGAAGUUGAGGAGAGAUUGGCAGAAAUUCAGCUAGCUGCUGCAGGGAUGGCUAAUGCUGAGAAUAAUGAAGGAAAAGCUAUAUGGCGUGAAAUUCUGAAUCCUUCUCCCCCAGUUCGACGAAUGCUGAUUACUGGUUGUGGAAUCCAAUGUUUCCAACAGAUUACAGGCAUUGAUGCAACUGUGUAUUAUAGUCCAACCAUUUUCAAAAAUGCCGGAAUUAAAGGCAACACUCAACUUCUUGCUGCAACUGUUAUUGUUGGGGUUACAAAGACUCUGUUCAUCUUGGUAGCUAUCUUUCUUAUAGACAAAGUGGGCAGAAAGCCUUUGCUUUAUGUGAGCACUAUUGGAAUGACUACUUGCUUACUUGGUCUAAGCCUUGCCCUGGCUUUUCUUGGAAAUGGAAAACUUGGAAUUGGAUUGGCAGUAUUAGCCGUUUGUGGAAAUGUAGCUUUCUUCUCAGUUGGAAUUGGCCCGGUUUGUUGGGUCUUGUCAUCUGAAAUCUUCCCUCUAAGGCUCCGAGCUCAAGCAUCUGCGCUUGGGGCAGUUGGUAGUAGGGUUAGUAGUGGUGUGAUUACCAUGUCAUUUCUCUCGGUAUCUCGAGCAAUUACAGUAGCAGGAACCUUCUUUGUUUUUUCAGUGAUUUCAGCUCUCUCAGUUGUUUUUGUUCAUACAUGUGUUCCGGAAACAAAAGGGAAGUCUUUAGAAGAAAUCGAAAUGAUUUUCCAUCAUGAAGGGGAGUGGCAAGGAAGUGAAGUAGAAAUGGGAGAUGCACAACGUCUAAUGCAGAAAGAAUAAGUGCAGAAAGAUGUGUGAGUUAUUAUACUAUUCUGUUUUGGCCAAAUUGAUUGAGCAUUAUACUGAUUUAUCUGUGAAAUGUAGCCAUUGCACAUAUCACAACAGAACCAAAAGAGAUGAAAUUUAUUCAAUUUGUUAUUUUUGGUCUC